AUGAAGGGAAAAGUUGCGCCGUUUUUUUCCUCACCGGCUCCAGGUGUACGUACAGCUCGUGGCCCUCCCCGCGUCUUCUCUUUUGCUUCUUUUCUUUCAUUUCUUUUUUUAUUUCUUUUUCUUUUUCCCGCUGCUGCUGCAGCUCGCUGCUGCCCCAAACACUCUUCGCUGGGGCCCCCCCUUGCAUGCAUUUCAAACCCCCUGGCUUCCCUAAGGGACUUCUGGCGGGGCUUUAGGAGUCGGCCAGCAGCAGCAGCAGCAGCAGCAGCUGCUGCUGCUGCUGCCAAUGAGACAGCGACGCCCAAGCCAGAUGUAGCAGCAGCAGCAGCAGCAGCAGCAGCAGCAGCAGCAGCAGCAGCAAACGAAGCAGCAGCAACGCCCCCUGUACUCAAAUGGGGCGACGCUGCAGCAUUUGAAGCUCUCAGCAGCGAGCAGCGCAGCGCAGCAGCAGCAGCAGCAGCAGAAGGUGGAGCUGCUGCUGCUGCGGCUGCAGCGUCGAAUGCAGCAGCAAUACUCCCCGCAAGCCGGGAAGCUAAGCCAGCAGCAGCAGCAGAGAGUGCAGCAUCAAGUACAGAUUCAGCAGAGGAGAGCUCAGCAGCAGAAGUGCGGGAAGCUGCACUGUGGUUUGAGGCGCAGCGGGACUUGUGGAAGCAAAAAGCUGCAGCAAAAAUUAAGGGGCUGCUGCUGCUGCUGCUGCUGCUGCUGCUGCUGCUGCUGCUGCUGCUGUGGUCGAGCGUGCAUGCGACUUGCGGUGGCAGCAGCUUGAGAUGCACUGUAGCUGCAGUGAGUGCACAUAGCUGCCUUGAGCAGGGCCGCAGCAGCAGCUACUGCUGUUGCUGCUGCUGCAGCUGCUGCUGCAGCUGCUGCUGCUGCUGCUGCUGCUGCAGCUGCUGCUGCGUCGUUUGCUGCGCUUGGUUUUGGCUGCAGCGUGCUGCUGCUGCGCGCGCUGCUGGACCACAAGCGGGCGCUGCCGCAGCAGCAGCAGCAGCAGGAGCAGCAACUGCUGCCUGCAGAAGACACUUGGAGGAACUUGAGGCCAAUCUCCUCGAGGCUUCCAUUCCCGAAAAUGUGCACUUCGAAGAGCCGGGCGGGGAGCCCGCAGUAGAGCCCGCAGUGGCUAGCUAG